AGGAGGAGGAUGCAGAAGUAGAAGGCAUGCAAUAUAAGACACUGAGAACGUUUCAGCAUGGAAUCCGAGUUGAUGCCAUAGCAUGGAGUCCAGAAACUAGACUUGAUGCUUUACCUCCCCAGAUAAGGUUUUGUACUGCUGCUUCUGACAGGAAGUUAAGGCUAUUUACUUCAGAUCUGCAGGACAAGAACGAAUUUAAGACAUUUGAUGGCCACUCAGAUUACAUUAACGAUCUGGUGUUUGCUCCCAAAGAAGGUCAAGAAGUUGCAAGUGUAAGUGAUGAUCACACCUGCAGGGUCUGGGAUUUGGAAGGAAAUGAGAAGGCCCAUUUUGUUUUACGUUCUCCUGGAAUGAGUGUUUGCUGGCAUCCUGAGGAGGCUUUUAAGCUCAUGGUAGCAGAAAAGAACGGAACAAUACGAUUCUAUGAUCUAAUUACACAGCAGGCCAUUCUCUCCUUAGAGUGUGAACAAACGCCGCUGAUGUCAGCAGACUGGUGUUUAAAAAAUACUCUUAAAAUUGGAGCAGUUGCUGGAAGUGAUUGGCUAAUCUGGGAUAUUACUCGCUCCAGUUAUCCACAGGAUAAAAGACCCGUCCAUGUAGAUCGAGCCAGAUUAUUCAGGUGGUCCCAAGUGAGUGAAAAUCUGUUUGCAACCAUUGGAUAUCCAGGAAAGACAACUACUCAGCUGCUUGUUCAUCAUUUAGGACAUCCCCAGCCCAUUCUUGCUGGCACUGCAGCUGUAGGAUCUGGUUUGACGUGGCACAGAACUCUUCCAUUAUGUGCAGUCGGAGGAGAUCAUAAAAUUUUCUUCUGGGUAACUGAAAUGUAAAAUAAGCAUUUGCUUUCAAUAUGAAACUUCACAGCGUAACGUCUAUCUUCGAGUAAAACAAAGGAAUUUACUCUUUGUACUGGUAUUUAUUCACUUGGAGAACAUAAGAAAGGAACAAGUA